UGUGCGUGCACCUAAUCAUUUCUCAACCUUCACUCCCUCUUUUCUCCGCUUCUACAUUCUUCACUAGCAAACAAUGGCUUCUCACCAUCCUAGCAUCCCUCACCAACAUCACUGCCAAAACCCUUCCUUCAUCACCGCCACUUCCAACCCCCCAACUACAACUUGCUGUUGCAGCUGCCAUUGCAACCAUUGCUGCAUCCAACCUGAUCACCCUUCUGCACCACCACCACUACAGCAAUUAUCAAUUGAUUCACUUCUCCAAGCUCUUGGAUCUCUCCUUCGGCAGCUACCGUAUGUUUAUCCUUCCAGCCAUAAUAAACCUUGCGCCCAGAAAAAUCAUCUCCAAAACCUACAAGUUCAGCCACAAAAUCUUCAUUUUCAACAGCUGGCUGAUGACCAACAAACUCAGUCUGUUCUCUCUUCUCUUCUUCAACGAAUCAACACUCUGGAAUCCUCUCUUCACCGUUUUUCUACUUCUUCUGCUUUGAAUUAUCAUAGCCAUCCAUCGUAUUCUCUUAGAGAGGCAGCCGCUCGCGUUAUUCAAACCCAUUUCCGUGCCUUUCUUGUUUUUAGAUCAAGAACCCUAAGUCAGCUCCAGGACAUUGCUUUUGUUAAAUCCAGCUUCCACUCUCUCAAAUCCUCUAUCUCGAGUAAAACCCAUCUCAAUUGUGAUGUUAUUUCCCACAAAGCCAUGGACUUGCUGCUCAAACUUGACUCUAUUCAGGUAUAUCAUUCAAAGGGCGGUGAUCCUACGAUCAGAGAGGGAAAAAGGUCAAUUAGUAGAGACAUAGUGAGAUUUUUGGAGUUCAUUGAUGGGCUUGCAGCUAAAAGGCAUGGAUAUUCAUAUGAACCUGCAAAAAAAGUGAGUUUUGUUAGGAACAGCUACAAAUCUAGGGCUUCGAAUGCCAGUAUUGGAUAUGGAGAUUUAAGUGGAUAUCAGAAGGACAUAGUGGAGAAAUUGAGUGACAGAGUUGAGAAGAUUCGUGGAUUUUCUAGAGUUUGUGAUAAUGAUGAAGAAGAUGUGGAGCUUGAAGGUUUUCAGCAAUUCAUCAAUGACGAGGAAGAUGACUUUGUAAACCCUAAGUUUUGCCCUGAUGGAAAGCAUGGCGGUUCCAAAAUUAGAAAUGUGGCUUUGAUAAAAAACAAUGUUGGUAAACCUAGAGUGAAGAAAACUGUCAGCUUUGCUGAGAAUGGAAAUGUGUAUAGGGUUUUCAGCGACAACCAUGAGUCAGCUUUAAGUAGAGAUGGUAGCUUCGCUGAGUGGAGUGAUUCCAGUGAUGGUCAUGGAGAGACUAUGGAUUGAAAUGAAAUUGAAGAGAGAAAGGGGAUCUCUAAAAGUACGGAGAAUGGCUUUGUUGAGGAUGAGAAUGCGACAUCUACACAGAGCAGUGAUGGGGAGAGGAAUCCUACAAGGAAUGUAAGAGGGGGCGGUGAGUUUGAAAUUCAUGGGUUCUGCCAGUAUCAAGAUGGGGGCUUAGUUUUCUCUGCCCCAUCGCCCCUGAAGAUGGAAUCAAGAGCUGAUUUGAUGAAGAGAAAGGCUGUGAAAAUAGUUACUUAAAGGACCAUUUCUUGGGUUUGCGUUCUCAAAAUCUUGCAAAAUUUGUGGAUUUUUAGAAUCAUGCCACAUUGUUUUCCAUUUGUCAAUUGGAAUUACUUUUCUUAGCUUGGCUGCCAGGACUUGAGACGCAGUUGAAAUAAGCUAAGCGAAUACUUUAGAUUAUCUUAUCCAAUGACCGCACAAGCGUUGCAAGAAACUGGUCACCGGACAAGUCAAAGAUACGCCAAUGGUGCCCCUAGUCACUCUUCGCAGCUUGCAGGAUGUGUGCUUCAUUUAUUGGAAUAAGUUUUAAGACCUAAAAAAAGGUGAUGUCUGGACAAAUAUGUCACCUUCAUGAAGGUUGACGGUUAUACAACACUAAUGAGAAAGGCAUCCAUGUCAUUCAACUUACAUUUAUUUCCAUUGCCAUAAACUAAUUACCUUUCUUCUUUGAGAAUGUGAAAUUCUAAUUCUAUUAUAAAUCUGUCUGCCUAUUGUAGUUACUUCAAGGUUUGACUGGCUGGCAUCAAGCGACUAACACCUACUUCUAUUUCUUACAGUUGUGCAAACUAUGGAAAGGAUCGCCCGGGCUUGUGGAAAUUUCUUAUUUCUGCUGUGGUCCUAAAUACCAGUGUAGCCGUUGCAAAUUUCAUUUGCGAAAAUCUUGUGCUGAUCUUCCACGUGAAAUUCAACACUUCUUUCUCUGGUGCCCACUGACCCUCUAAUAUGAAUUCACAUUGAAUGUUAAACGUGCAUCACUUCCCAACAUAUUGGCAUCUGAACGUCAGGAGCGGAUUGAACAUUUUAACCACGAACAUCCAUUAUUGCCUUGUGAAAUUAAGCAUGGUGAUGACGUUUGCUGGCGCUGCAAAGCAUUUUCCAUCUCACCUAUGGUUGUAAGAGAUGCAACUUUUUUUUUUCACACAAAUCAUGUGCUGAAUUACCUCAAAAAAAUCCAGUAGCACCCCUUUCAUCCGCGCCAAGGUUCACCCACCUCAACCUGUCGCUUGCAAUGCAUGCAAUCACAAAAUUGCUUUCUUUGCAUAUCACUGUGAUAAGUGCCCAUUUUUCCUUGAUAUAAAUGACAUUUUUCUGUCACCCUCCAUUCAGUAUGAGGGCCACCUACACCUUGUUACUCUAUUUCAAAUCUGUUAUUGUUCUUGUAACUUCUGUGGUAAGAGAUGCAAGCAAUGCUUCCAGCAAUGUGUGAUGUGCAAUUUUGAUCUCUAUCUGAUCUCUAUUGCCAUCCAUCAUUUCCACAAAAAGUAAAUUAAGCAUAAAUGCCACAUAGAUCCUUUAGCAUUUGUAGAUUAUCUUUUUCACAAAGAAAUGAAUUUAACUAUGAUUCAUGGAAGAAA